CCCACUCUUUGCCCUCUUCACACGCCUCCUCUCUACCGCCGGUGGUCCGCCAACAAGCCUGUGGCCCGGGAAACUAGGCUAUGGAAGAAAUCUAGGUACUGUCUAAGCCCCUACAUCAAUCCAACAAUGGCUAUGAAGGUCAAAGUACACCCCAAUCCUCUAGCCAUUCAAGUCACCCCUAGUGAAUGGGAACGGUUCAAAUGUUGGGUUGAAGAAGAAGAGGACACAAAUCCAAAAAACUCAGCCUGCAGUGUCAAUUUGUUCACGAGGUUGCCCGUCAUUUCUUCAGGACUUUGUUGGCCAAUGAUUCGUGGUUAAGUAGUGAUUAUCAUCUCACCCUGAAAAGUACUUUGGACCAUUCCUUGCUACGGGAUACGAUGCUACGGAAGUUGGACUAGAGCCAAAUGGAAAAGAUCUUCAUGACUAUCUACGUUAGAAACCGGCAUUGGAUUUUAGCAGAGCUUGAUUUCCCCAAUGCGACUGUUUGGGUAUAUGAUUCGUUGAAGGGUGCACAGAGCAAAUCCUAUGUGCGUCCUAUCGUUGAAAGACUGCCUCCCCUUUUUCGAACUGUCAAAACCACCGAGGAACAGAGAAGUACUCAACCAUGGAGACUGGAGCUCGCCAAGGAUGUGCCCCAGCAGUCCGAUGGAAUCGCAUGUGGUGUUAUGAUCCUUGUAUUUGCGGAGUACCUCUUGGCUGAAAUUGUGAUCAAUUGUGAUUUUGCUAUUGAAGGACUCUUGCCAUGAGAUAAUGAAAACAUCCUUCUUCUGGAUUCAUAAGGAAAGCACAUUGUUGUUAAGUACUACAGUAAAGAAUGGCCUAUGAAAGUGAGAUUUUGCAAUGAAGGUUCACGGACAAAGAGAAUGGACUUAGAAAAUCAAAACCACUCACUCCAUAGCAACCACGAAAACCAGCCAUGGAUCCUUGAGCAAAGUCCCGUCUCAGCAGGCAGUUUGCACCACCUAAAGAGGAGAAACGAACCAACUCCGAGAAUAUUAAAAAAAAGUGCAUAUUUUGUGUUUUGAAAAAUUUAUAUGUUGUCGUAGUUUUGGCCCGCCAAAUUUUUUACUUUUAAUGUGAAGUGGAUCUCAAGUGUGAUAUGUUAGUGGUUUUAGAAUAAGGUUAAUUUGUCUUG